AAGAAGAACGGAGGCAACAACGAGACGAAGCAGAAUGUGGAAGAGAAAGAAGAUCACAAGGAAAAGAAGAAUGGCGAUCCGGCGACACGUCCUGUCAAUACCUCAGACGGGGCCCGUGUUCUGCCGGCUUUGCUUCAAAGGGCAGGAAAUGGACGCACUUAUGGUGGCCUGCCUCUGUACGGGUGACAACAGCUAUGUGCACAAGACCUGCAUCGAGCGAAGCCUGACACAAAGUGGCGUCACCUCCUGUGAGUCGUGCGGCUAUCGAUUUCGGAUACGGACACAGUGUCAGCCCCUGCUUCAAUGGCUUGUGUCCGUGGAGUGCCGUGAGGACGUGGUGCUGCUGCUGCUGAAUCUCGUCCUGUCCUUUGGGGACGUCCUGGCCUUCACGCUGGCCUGGCUGCGGGCGCUCACUUACCUGGAACAAGAGCAGGGUGCGCCGCGAGCCGCUCACUUGCUCAUCAGUGCGCUCCUGUCUUGCCUCACAUGCUUCUGGAGCUGGUUCCAGGGAUACCGCCUCUGGUACUUCACGGAGCCCAUUCGCCGGUGGCGCCGAGAUACCAGCACACUCUGCGUGCUUUCAGCGGUGGUGGGUCGGAGGGGCGCCUCGGAGGAACUCGGCAAGGAGCCGGAAGUUAGUUCCCUGGGACAACUGGCUUGCGACUCACACGGCGAUGAACAGUGCCUGACUGGCUCGCAGAGCCGACAGGUGCUCUCUUGACGCCAACGAGACCAAAGUGUCCGGCUACUACGGCGCCAGUCUUUCCGUUGCUCCGGCCUAUAUCUCGUGCUCUUCGUCCUCACACUUCCUAAGGGCCCCGGAGCAAACCUUCGACCGGAUGCUUAAGUGCCGAGCACCGCACGGCGCGUAUUGUGCUGUCUUAAUGCCUGCCUGUGAAUUUUCGAGAGGUAGACAGGUACGCGCGAUAAACGGGCGACAGGCUUCUUUCCUAGCUUUCGUAAGCUUACAUCCGUGAACAUUGACUGAGAGCAGUAUUCAAAGAUAAGAAUAACGCAUUAAUGUGCGCGUCAAAAGAAAAGUGAGGUAUAGACACUGCCGUGCCCGAAACGCAAGUAUAUAUAUCGACCGGUAACGCCGGACUCGUAAAAUACAAUAAAGUAUUUUUUGUACAUGGUU